AUGAAGAUCAGAUGCCUUGCUCUUCUGUGCACACUGAUUGUGUUCUCUCAGAUAGUACACACUGACUGUAAAAGACAGAAAGAGAGAAAGAAGGGGCAAACAAACACAGGUGAAGGUGGAAGGCUAGAGUCCAGUUCCAAUCCCCAGAAUGGAAAGGGUCAGAAUGGCCGAGGACAGAAAGGCGCCCAUAAAGGCAAGUUUAUCAGCAAAGAGAAGUCUCAGUGCACCUGGACACUGAGUGAAAGAGAGACAGCUACCUUGAAAAUAGAUUGCAAGGAAAAGGACCACAACGUCUCCUGUGUAUUUUCAGGCAACCCUUCCACCUGCCCACAGUUUUCAGAAAAUAGGAAUGCCUUCUGGAAGCAAAUUACCAGGUCUCUGAAGAAGAAGAAGAACAUCUGUGAGGACCCAAAAGGUAUCCUGAAGUCUCAGAUCUGCAAGAAGGGACCUGCCAGCGCUCACCUUAGAUGGGUGACCUCACACAAUUCCCAACAAGGGAAGCCAGUUCUCCAUGAAAGGGAGACCUUGCCAGCGACAGCAACAGCUGUUGAAAAUCGACUAGAACAGGGAUCCAGAGACUGUGUUGAAGAUAUAGAUUAUAUUGAUCAGGGUAAAGUGGCUGAACAAUACUGCUCAGACUCAUGGCUAUCUCUCUGUAAGUUUUUUGUUACGAUGAUACAAGAUAAAAAGUGUAAGUAAAAUACAAAAC